AUGGGGUUCUUAAGUUUUGUCUUCCUCUUAGUCCUAUACCUGCUGCAGGAGUCCAAUACUUCCCUCAUUCAGCUGAGUAACAAUGGCUAUGAAGGCAUUAUCUUUGCUACAGACCCUCGAGUGCUGGAAGAUGGAAAAAUAAUUGAACAGAUAAAGCAGAGUGAGAUCCUGCUCACUUGUCAGAGGCCAAAACAUGAAAGCUACAAACACGCUGAUGUAUUAGUUGCACCACCUACCUUCCCAGGAAGAGAUGAACCAUAUAUAUACUUCACAGCUUGUGAAGAAAAAGGAGAAUACAUUCAUUUCACCCCUGACUUCAUCCUUGGAAAAAAACAAGAUGAAUAUGGACCAUCAGGUAGGAAUUUUGUCCAUGAGUGGGCCCAUCUCCACUGGGGACUGUUUGAUGAAUACAAUGAAGAAGCACCUUUCUACAGUGCUAAGUCAAAAAAAAUCGAAGCAACAAGAUGUUCCACAGGCAUUACUGGUAUAAACAGAGUUUAUAAGUGUCAAGGAAACAGAUGUACAAUUAGAGCAUGCAGGAUUGAUUCUGAGACAAAACUGUAUGAAAAAGAUUGCCAAUUCUUCCCUGAUAAAGAACAAACUGAAAAGGCAACCAUAAUGUUUAUGCGAGAUAUUAAUUCUGUUGUUGAAUUCUGUAAUAAAGAAAACCAUAGCAGAGGAGCUCCAAGCCUACAAAACAAAAUGUGCAAUUCCAGAAGUACAUGGGAGGUGAUCAGCAAUUGUGAGUAUUUUAAAAACACAACAUCUUUGGUGGCACCACCCCCUCUACCUGUCUUCUCACUGCUGAAGAUCAGAGAAAGAAUUGUGUGCUUAGUUCUUGAUAAGUCUGGAAGCAUGAGUGGUUUUAAUCGCCUGAAUCAAAUGAAUCAAGCAACAAAACAUUUCCUGCUGCAGACCAUUGAAAAUGGAUCCUGGGUGGGAAUGGUGCACUUUGAUAGUACCACCAACAUUAAAAGAAAUCUAAUCCAAAUAAUAAGCAGCAAGGAAAGAAACAACUUCUUGGAGAGCUUAACUACAGAAGCUAAUGGAGGAACUUCCAUCUGUGCUGGAAUUAGAUCAACAUUUCAGGUAAUUAGAGAAGUAUACCCUCAAAUAAAUGGAUCUGAAAUUGUCUUGCUGACUGAUGGGGAGGAUAAUUCUGCAAAGAACUGUAUUGAUGAAGUGAAACAAAGUGAGGCUAUCAUUCAUUUGAUUGCUUUGGGACCAUCUGCUGAUCAAGCCAUCAUAGAGAUGAGUGCUAUAACGGGAGGAAACCAUUUUUGUGCUUCUGAUGAAGCCCAGAACAACAGCCUCAUUGAUGGUUUUGGGGCUCUUGCAUCAGGAAAUACUGAUCUUUCCCAACAGCCUCUUCAGUGUGCCGAUUCUUUCAAGAAUUAUGGGGUGUACUCCAGAUAUUUUAUAGCUUAUUCAGAAAACGGCAGAUAUAACUUUAAAGUACGGGCUCACAGAGGGACAAAUGUGGCUGCACAAUACUUACGGCAUCCACUGACUAGAGCUGCACAUAUACCAGGAUGGGUAGUGGAUGGAAAAAUUGAAGGGAAUCCACCAAGAGUUGAAAUUGACGAGGAUACUCAAACAGCCUUGGAGAGUUUCACUAGAACAGCAUCUGGAGGUGCAUUUGUGAUUGCAAAUGUUUCAAAACUUCCCUUGCCUGACCUGUACCCACCAAGUCAAAUCAUGGACAUUGAGGCCACCUUUGAGGGGGAUGGGAUCAGUCUAACAUGGACAGCACUAGGAGAUAAUUUUGAUGUUGGAAAAGCUGAACAGUGUAUCAUAAAAAUAAGUGGAAGUAUCCUGGACCUAAGAGACAAUUUUGAUAAUGCUCUCCAAGUAAGCAUUACUGAUCUGUUACCAAACGAGGCCAACUCCAAAGAAACCUUUGCAUUUAAACCAGGAAAUAUCUCAGAAGAAAAUACAACUCACAUAUUUAUUCCCAUUCAAAGUGUGGAUAAAAGCAAUUUGAGAUCAAAACUAUCCAACAUUGCACAAGUAGCUUUACUUAUUCCUCAAGCAGAACCUGGUCCUGAUGAAAGUCAUCCUAAUUCCGGAAUUAGCAUUUCUUCUUUGGUGUUGUUAGUGGUUGGAUCUGUGGCAGUUGUCAGUUUUAUUUUAAGUGCCACCAUUUGUAUC